AUGGCUGCGGUCAGAGCAAGGCCGUUCCGCCGUUGGUGCCACGGAAGGAUCCAGUCUGGACGAGCAAGUAUGGCCAGAGCAGAUGUAAUGCAACUAAAUGGGUUGCAAAAGAACAUGACACACGAAUGGGAUACUUUCAUGUCCUGGUUGCGCAGCGAGAGAGGGGUGAUGACCCAAGCUGAAGUUCUUGUACCUCUUUCAAUAAUACUUUUCGCCAUUCAGAUUAUAUUUGGCUGGUGGAGACGCUGUUGCCACAGUUCAUUCAUCAAAUACCUGCUCUGGCUUGCUUACACUACGACACCCUCUGUGGUGAUCUACACUCUUGGUCUUAUGCAGUUGUCUUCAGUUAAUGGUGAGUUGUUUCAUAUUUGGUCUGUUGCGUUGCUCGUGGCCCUUGGUGGUACAAAUAGUAUGACGGCCUAUGUCAUUGAAGACAAUGAGCAGUACUGGAGGCAUUUUGUUCAGCAACUUUUGUAUGUGAUUAACUUCUUUGCCAUGCUUAAGGUCCAUUUAAAACUCGAGACAUUCCUGGAUUUAGUUUAUAGUUUCUUACUGGUAUUUACUCUAUCUCUGAAUGUUGGAAGGAUUUAUGCGAGUAAGACAGCAAGUAGUUUCUCAGACGACCGAAGCCUGUAUCUUGCAGAGUAUAUGAAGCAUGAGCACAAAAAGACUACCAAUUAUGACCCUGUCACUCUAAAAGGCUACAACUACCUUGUAUCUUGGAGAAGUGUAUCAAGUGACGGAUUAAGAAGGUUUCCAUUGGUAGGUGAUAAGAUAACUGUCAGCGACAUCUGGCUUGAUAGCGGGAUCAAUGUACAAUUGAAGGAGCUGUCCCUUUCCUUCGCCUUAUUUCAGCUGUUAAGGAGGCGUUUCUUUGGGGUUUCUUGUCCUGAAUCCAAGCUUCAGAAAACUCAUGACCUUAUUUUUCAUGGACUGUUGUUUAAUGUAGAAGAGAAUUACCGAACUACAUUCCGGGUGAUUGAGGCAGAAUUGGUUUUUGCUCAUGAUCACAUGUUUACCAGCUCUGCUUCUUUCAACACUAGAUUGGGUAAACCUAUCAUAAUCCUAAGUAUCAUUAAAUCAGUCAUUUAUUGUUUUGCAAUACUAUGGUCAAUUUUAAAGCACAAAAAUGUUAGUAAAGUAUUCAUGGGGCUACUUCUGGCACUAGAGCUACUACAACUGUAUGUUUAUUUGUCAUCCGAUUGGGCUAAGCUACGAUCUAUUUGUCGGCUUGAGUGUUCUUUAGACGGCACUUGUGACAUUGGUUGCCUGUUCUGGGAUAGGCUUCCGCAGAUAUUUAGAUGGUGGCAAAACAAGAUUGGUCAGCUCUCAUUACUCAAGGAUUUACACCGCCGAUCAUUCACACAUGACAUGCUAGGAACUCUGUCUUGGUGUAUCUCUGCAAAGAUUCUUUGGUGUCAGGAAACAUCCUUCUCAAGAGGUAUCAGUAACCCAGGUAUUAAGGGGCCAGACCGCAUUAGGUUGUCGGACAAUGUGAAGUUAGCAGUUGCUCAAACUCUGAAACGCAAUGCUGGUCAACUGUCUAAUGGAGCAUCAUCUUUGAGGCGCAAUGGUCAAUAUAAUAGGCUUAAAUGGGCAUGCAGACAGGAAAACCAUGCCAACUCCAUGUUAAUUUGGCACAUUGCAACAGAGUAUUGUGAGAUCAUACAUGUGCAUCAGUCAGUCACAGUGGAACAGAGAAGUAUAAGUGAUGAUGACCUUAACAUCGCUAGAUCACUGUCAAGAUACUGUGCAUACUUACUGGCAUUUGUCCCAGAACUGCUUCCUGACCAUCACUUGGACACUACCGCGUGCUUUCAUGGAGUAAGGAAGGAUGCCCUAGAGUUCCUACGGGAAGAGAUAUCACUUGAAAGCAAGUAUAGAAAGAUGAAAAAUUUCAACCAGCUAUUACCUCGACAUCAGGGGACUUUUGUGAAGGGGAUACUGCUUGGGAAGCAGCUGGAAGAAAUAGGUCCCGCCAGGUGCUGGAAGGUACUGGUAGAUCUCUGGACCGAGAUGAUACUGUACAUUGCUCCAUCAGACAAUGCAAGAGAUCAUAUACAACAUCUGGCAAAUGGUGGGGAGUUCCUUACUCAUUUGUGGGCCUUGCUUUCGCAUGCUGGGAUUUUAACCAGGGAGGAACAGAGUUUGGAUGAAGAAAAUACAGUUGUCCAGCCUUGA